CAGCCUUCUCACACCCCAACAAAGCCUUGUUGGUGUGUCUUUCAUGUGUGACUCGCUAUCAUGAAAGACUCCUUCGCUGGGAAGAGGCAUCCAAUCAUAGUUCAAUCAGUCCACUCGUUAUCUCUCAACGGAUCUCCCACAGUUCCCUCUAGAACCAUAACCCGUCACUAAAUCUAACCACAAUGUCGUCUUUCAAGCUCCAAGACUUUGCUACGGAUUCUCCAGAGAUCACCGUCUACCUGACUGACGAAGCGAACGAAGCGCAACUGCUAUCCUUCCCGGCCUUCAAAGAAUGGUUGGCUACGCUCAAGUCAUCUUUAGCUCAGCAAAAGUUCUCAGACCAUUCGUUUUACAAGGAUCGGUAUAGUCUCCGCUCUAUCAAGAUCCAAUCCGUUGACUGGUUCGGCCCUCGGAUAGGCUUCGUUAAAUUAAAGGCCGAAAUAAAAAAUUCCAGUGGAGAGGAGUUACCCGGUAUCGUGUUCCUGCGCGGAGGCAGUGUCGCCGUCCUCAUGAUCCUGCGUCCGACCGACGCGCGCGAUGAGCGCUGGGUGAUCAUGACAGAGCAACCACGUAUCCCGGCCGGCAGCCUGACGUUUAUGGAAAUUCCAGCAGGUAUGAUCGAUAACACUGAGAGAACAUUCAAGGGAGCUGCGGCGAAAGAAAUCAAGGAGGAGGUGGGGCUCGAGCUAAGAGAGGACGAGCUCAUCGACAUGACGAAGUUGGCAAUGCAGGGCCAUAAGGCACCAGAAACUCUCGAGAGUGCUAUGUAUCCGAGUCCGGGCGGCUGUGACGAGUAUAUUGCAAUCUUCCUAUGGGAGAAAGAGAUGGAUAGGGUGGAGAUCGAGAAUCUCAAGGGCAAGUUGACGGGUGAAAGAACGCAGCAUGAGAAUAUCACAGUAAGGCUGCUUGACUACGAGCGGCUGUUGGAAGUUGGGAGCAGGGAUGCCAAGACACUGGCUGCCUGGUCGCUGUAUGAGUACCUGAAGAGGACGCGGGAAUUGCCUUGAUUGACAGCUUGCGAAGUCUAGAAAGGGUGCUGGUAUUGAACUGUUUCUCUGUGGAGCAGUGUCACAAUUUAACAACCACCCUCGAAAGGAAGUGAAUGCUUAGAGGAAUGGCAUAUUGAAGCAUGAGUCGUACUCUA